CUUUCUCUCUCCGUGGCCCAUGAUGAUUGGGAUACAUUGGAGUCCAUGCCCCCUCAGGUCAUGAAGGUUUCGCCAAGGGAAGAACGGCUUAACUCCAGCAUUGAUGUCGUCCAGAAGAGAGCCCUUGUAGCGGAGGUGAAUGCAGCCGUAGCCCAGCUCCUCGCUCACUUUGCUCAGGCCAAGACGGGACUCCCAGAGGAAAAGGCCCAACUUGGCAACACAUGGAAGACCCCGGACAUCGGUCACCUGGCCCUUCACUACCUAUGCCCCGCCCUGAUGAGGAUCCUACAAGAUGGACUCCGUCCCCAUAGCACCAGCCUCUUGGUGGGCCGAAUCAAGAACACCACGUGGACCAUCGUUGAGGCUACUACACAACUUGGUCCAGGAACUCGGUUGCUUCAUGAACUAGCAUCCACCGUCUCUAAAGACAUCCGGCUCAGAGACAGCAAGCUAAGGACCCAUGCCUUCUUCCUGGGCCUCCUCAACAUCCGUUGUAUGGAGUCUUGGCUUGAUCACAUCAGGAAUCAUCCAGAAUCCAUCAAGCGUCUUUAUGAGCCCACCGCAUUUCUUUCUUUGAUCAACACUGCCCCCUUCCAGCAACUCUUCAGCGAUCUUCUCGUGGCUGUUCAACCUCUCGCUCAGCUCCCCUUCAAUCUGGACCAUGGUUUUGAGUACGGUUACAUCCAGGCCGAGAACAUGAGGCAGAGGGAGAAAGAGCAGCUCAUGGAACAGCACAAGGAAGGUGCGCAACUUGGUGGACUCAACACCAACAGCCUGGUGGACGCAAGACACCACCACACAGAGGGAGGUAAUACUACAAGUGGAUUUCCCACCGUACACCUCUUUGGGCGGGCGCCGCGAAGCGACGGAGCGCCCUCACCGAGGCAGAAUAACACUGGCAUGUAUAGCUCAAUGACUGUCAUGCGCAACAUGCGCAGAGUAACUCCAGCAGGGCGGCAGGAGUCUUCAGAACAGCCUACCACACAAGGAAGGCUGUUGAGGACAGUGAAUAGCACCCCUGUGGAGAAUGUAUCGGGUCAUGAACUGGAGGCGGGGAACGGUCCAACGAGACCGAACCCUGUGAAUGGUCAGUCAAAUAGAUGGUCACUCGGAUGGAUCAAGGAUUUUGCGACCUCCGUUGCAGCGCAGCAACCAGAGAGGGCGCCCUCACGGACCAGACAGACCAGUUCUAAGUAUGACGUGGGCAGGAGGAGUAAGAGCGUGGAUGUACAAGGAUCCAGUAUGGUAUCACAGAGCUUCUCAGUCGCAUCUGGAUGGGGCAAGAUUGGAUCAAGCUUCUCCAAGAUGUGGAAUCAGAUGAUGCCCCCACAACCCCAGCAGGUAGAGCCCAAGACUGUACCGUCUACACCCCCACCAAGCCCAUCAAUGGAGAAUGAAGUGAGACAGGUCGCUGAUGGUCAGAGCCCAUGCCAACACCAUCCACCAACAUCCCCCAACAAAACUAGCCCAGGGAGUCCAGUCAAGGCUCUCUGCCACCAUGUCACCAUGACCGAAGGUGAACUGUGCUUCUCCAAGGGCGAUGUCCUCACCGUCGACAGACAGGUGGACCAAGAAUGGUUACUCUGUUCCCAUGGCAACGAGUCGGGCUUGGUCCACGUCGAGUACGUCCAGGGUCUGGAAUGAAGAUCCUGGUCCUGGUCCAGACAAAUUAUGUCCGUAACAACGUCGCCAUGACGACGAAGAUCCAUGCAUGAGGUCACGAAGGCCUCCGAUAAGACACUGAUGUACAAGUUGCCGUGUAUAUAUAUAUAUAUAUAUAUACACUCUGCUUGUUUUCAAACUUCACCUGCAUGCAGUUCAGAAGGAGGUUACACAAUGCUCUUCUGGACCUGUGAAUAUUGCUUGAUUAUCUCUUCUCUAAUACGAGAAUACAGCAAAUCCGAUUUGGCAUGUGUACUUAAGAUCACUUAAUCUGCCAUUUGACAAGCUGAAAAUGCACACUUUGAAAGAUGAAAAUGUGAUAUGCAAAGAAAAUAUCACUAUUAUUUGGAAUGUGAUAAAAUGCUUUAAUAUAUUAUACUCUCACUUUUUUAAAAUCAUGCAAAAAUUAAUUCAAGCCAUAAAGCUAUAAUACAGAAUGAUAUAUUACUCUGUUUAAGCAAGUUUGGUGAUUUUAUAUGCAAACAAAUUUGUAUGUGCACAUCAUGUCUUUAAUCAUUACAUUUGCAAUGCAGUGGUACCUAUUUGAAUACAAAAAUACAUUGAGUGCAGCUAUUGUCAAACUGUUAUUUGCAGCUUUCAUUCUGCCUGACUUUAAACUGUACAACAAUAUGAGGAAGCUCAAAUAUUACAUAAAGUGGCAAACUUUAUGAAGACUACUUUUCAUGCCGUUAUUGAAAAAAAAUUAUACUUAAAAAUUAUACUUGACAAACAAACGAUUAUGGCAUUAACAAUAGAAACAUUUUUUUUAAUGGGACCAAAACAAAGUUUAAAACGAUGUCAGUUUGGCUAAAAUAUACUAUUUGUUCAUAGACUAAUUGAUAUUGAAUGAAGGAUACUAAUUCAUGUGAAAGCUAAUAUUUAGGUAAUGUCUAUGGGCAAUUUUUAUUAUAUUUUAAAUGUUAUAAUUUCAUUUUAUAAUCAUAGAUGGGAUUCACUGGCAAGGGAAUACUAAAACUAUUGAAUUUGGACUUUGAGUGUAAAUCUUACAGUUAUGAUUCCGAUUUUACUUGGGGUUCUUAAAAAUGAUUACUAAUAGCUUUAACAAACAUUCUACUUCCAAUAUAAAUUGUGUGGCAAAAAAA